AUGGAGAAAAAGCAGAUCGCAAUCGUUGCCAGAUUCCGAUGCAAUGCUAGACACAUCACCAUAGUGCAGUGCUAUGCCCCAACAGAAGACGCCAGCGAUGACAUCAAAGACGACUUCUACAACGCCCUCACAUCCUCACUUACUAGGAUCGAAAGAGGUGACAUAAAAAUUCUCAUGGGAGACUUCAAUGCGAAAAUCGGCCCCAACAACAACGGAUUGGAAACAAUCAUGGGCCGACAUGGUGUUGGCACACGUAGCAAUAAUGGUGACAGGCUAAUCGACUUAUGUCAGACCUUCCAACUGGUUAUUUGCGGCACUGUAUUCCCCCACAAGGAAAUCCAUAAAUACACAUGGACCUCUCCGAAUGGACAUACUCGCAACCAAAUCGACCACAUCUGCAUAAGUAGGAAAUGGAGACGCUCCAUGAUGGAUGUUAGGAAUAGGAGAAGCGCGUCUAUCGACAGUGACCACGAGCUGAUAAUCGGAGAGCUUUUAAUCAAGCUCAGACGAAAUAGCAACACUGUCAACAGGACCACAAGAAGACCGCCUCCCAUUAACGUACAACGGCUGAGUGACUCCAACCUAUCCACCAGAAUGGCCACAACGUUGCGUGAACAGAUGACAACACAACCGUUGAAUCACUCAUGGGAACAAACAUGCAGUAUACUGAGGAGCGCCGCGGAGGAGAUGCUUGGCACCCGACAACGCAGGCGCACGGAUUGGAUAUCAGCGCACACUUGGGAACUUAUCAGCAAACGGAACAGCCUAAAGUCGAAAGCAGAUCAUGACUGCAGAGCUCGCGACGAACACAAAGAGCUGUGCAAGAUGAGAUGGCGACAGCACUUUAUGGAGAUCAGCUGCACAGAACAACCGAGCAGCACGCAAGAUAACUUCAGGAGUAUUGUACCGAGCAAUAACCCCAGAGUAUCACCCACGGCACCAUCAAUUAGAGAAAUAAAGGAUGCAAUCAGGAAAUUAAAACGCAACAAAGCGGCUGGAGAUGACGGAAUACCGGCCGAACUUCUCCAGAUUAACACGCAACUAAUGGCCGAAACACUACAUCCACAUUUCAAUAAUAUAUGGGAAAGUGAGCGGAUCCCAACAUCCUGGAAGAAAGGAGACCUUAGUGACUGCAACAACUGGCGAGGCAUUACCCUGUUGAACACAAGUUACAAGGUACUAGCCACUCUACUAAACGAACGUCUUCAGGAAAAAAUAGAGCCAACAAUACGAGAUGAACAAGGAGGUUUCAGACCACAUAGGAGCUGCGUAGACCAGGCAAACACACUACGCGCAAUAACCGAACAAACUGUGGAAUGGCGCUCGCCGCUGUACCUCCUGCUCAUAGAUUUCCAGAAGGCAUUCGAUUCGGUAGACAGAGCAGCGAUAUGGAGGGCACUUGCAAGUAAGGGAGUGCCAGUGAAAAUCAUAAACAUAGUGAAAGCUAUGUAUGAUGAUGCUGAGCUGGCGGUACUGCACAACGGGAAAAUUAGUGGACACUUCCAGACGAACACAGGCGUCAAGCAAGGAUGUCCUCUAUCACCACUUCUGUUCAACUUGGUAGUCGACGAAGCCCUUGUAGAGGCCCUAAGCUCCCAAGAGGAGUAA